UGUAGGGUCUCUGAGGAUUAAGGAAAGGAUUGUUACAUCCUGUCUCUGAGUUUCCAACUUAUUCCUUGCGACCCAAUCGCGAAGCAGAAGGAGGAGUUUUUGUUAAAUAUAAAUGCAACCCCAAAAAGCACGUUGUUUCCAUGAGAGAGAGAGAGAGAGAGACCCUUUGCUGAAAGUCUGACUGUCGACUUGACACAACACAAGAUGAGUCUGAAGGUGUGUGCAGUGACAGCUCUGCUCCUCGCUGUGCUGUGCAUCAACCAGUCUCAGGAGAAACCGGCUGCUGUGCUCAACAGGUGCAUAUGCAGAGGUGGAACAUUGCACAUCAAUGUGAACAACAUUAAGGCUCUGCAGAUUAUCCCCAUCCCGAACUGUCCUCUGCAGCUCGUAGCCACCUUGAAGAGUGGCCGUAGGCUCUGCCUGAACUCCAAGUUUAAAUACCUUUGGAAAAGGAGACUGAACAAAAUAACAAAGGUGUAAAAGGGACAAUGAAGAAACCAUCCAGCUGUUUGCCGCUGUCCAGAUCCUGCGCAUAAAAUCACGCCACACUAAAUGCUGUGUGUGUGUUUAUAUUUAAUGUUUUCGGUCAACGCUUGCCUUUAGUGCUUUGAUUGCUGCCACACACACACUCCCUCAGUUGCAUUAAAUGCUGAGUAUAGCUAGCUGUCACUUGCUGCUAUCAGCGAACCCGCCGACAAGUAAUCUGGCAUCUUUUAUCCCUCGGGUGCAUUUUAUUGUACGGUCCAUGUAACUGUCUGUAAGGCAAGCUUAAAGGUUAGUUCGAAUCGUGCCUGCAAACAUCUGAAUGGAACAGAAGCACCCGAUGGGGAAUAUUGCUUUGCAACAUGAUGGUGCUUUUCAGAAUACAUUAUCAAAUUGGUAGCACCCACUGGCAGGAAUAAAGCACUGCAGUGGUAUAAGAGCUUCAAGCAGAAAGCAUAGAAUGAGGAGGGCCAUUCAGCCCAUGAAAUCCAAAUCCUUCUGCAGACCAUCCAACACCCACCUUAAGUUUCAUGGGUUCACUCUCUGAACCCCAUUAUCAAUUGAACAAGAGCUUCACUGGUGAGCUGCUCAUAUGUUCACACUCAGGUUGAGCUCUCUCAGUUCUGUGCUCAAUAAGUCUGCUUGUUUUUUUUGUAAACAAAAUCUUUCUUCUUUGCUUGGCCAAGAGGAUGGGCUGGGAACGAGUUUCUCAAAACUCGGCUAAAAACCCUUUAGCCAUCUCCUUGUAGGUGAUGUGUAGCCCAGGUUAACUGGCCUCUACUUUUCUUUCCCCUUCAUAGAAGUGUCUGAUCUGUGCUCUUGUGUCUCUGUGAUUGAAGUGGAACAGAGGGGCUCACCAUGCAGGAGACAAGGUGAACCUUGUCUUCUUGCAUUGCAUGUCCAACUCAGUCUCAUCACACCAUGGGAGAGCCUCUCUGGGUAAUUCAUACCCCCGAAUAGUAGCUUUGGCAGAAACCAGGCAUUAGAAGUCCAGCCCAUCAUUGGCAGGGAGGGAGAGAGGCAACAGAUUCAGAGGACCAAAGUAAUUUAAAUUUUUUUUUAGAAAAGUUGAAACCCAAUACAACUCCCACUACUUAAAAUUAAAAAAUUAGGCUAACUUAUGGCAGCUGUUGUUUUGGUGUUUUGUGAAGGGGAUUCAGAGCUUCCAGUAGAAUAGCUUGGCUUUUUGUUAGCUCUUUAAUAUGCAUGUAUUGACAUUUCAUUGAUUUUUCCCAAAUUACAAUGGCUGCAAGGACGGACCCACUGUCUUUUGUUGUGUGUCUGGUGUGUUUGUGUAUCUGUGUGUGUGUCUUUCAUCGCAACAUCCCAUUAAAUGUGAAAAGUUAAAGGGGCAUGGCUUUCAUGAAACAAAAGUGUUUGGCCAAACCUGUAGGUUUCAUACAGGGAAGGGAAUAAAGGCACUGAUGAUUUGCUUUGGUUACAGUGAUGUGGUAACAUAAGUUGGUGUAGUUUAUAUAAGUGUGUUGUGCCUUUCUUAGGGAAUAACAUUGGCCAAGCACUCAUCCAUGAAGAUAAUGCUUUCUUCAAAAAAANUUGAAUGUAAGCGAUGAAACUAUAGUAUCCACAUUCUAUCUGCUGAAGCACACUUUUAUUGACUACUCUGUUUUUUAUACAUAUACCUUGUAAUUUUUUUACGGAAUAAAAGUUUUACUUAUAGUC